UAGCCAGCAGCACUCAAACCUUGCAGAGUUUUGCUCUGAGAGUUUCUAAUAAGACACACUCCUCUUACAAGAGUUCUUGCUACAACUUAGCAAAGAACUGUAAAUUUUUGGAAGGACAGUAUAUUCAUUUUGGCAGUGUGCAGAGACCCUAACUCUACUUUCUACUUUAAAGCAAAGCUCACCUGAUGGCCUCUCUGGCACCACUCAAAAUGACAGUGUUCUGUGCCUUCAGUAGUGUACUCCUGUUCUCCCUUCUCUCGGAAGCAAGUGCCCUUGCCUUACUCAAUUCCACUGACUCAUCCCCGCCAACCAAUAAUUUCACUGACAUUGAAGCGGCUCUAAAAGCACAGCUAGAUUCUGCGGAUAUCCCCAAAGCCAGGCGGAAACGCUACAUUUCACAGAAUGACAUGAUCGCCAUUCUUGAUUAUCACAAUCAAGUCCGGGGCAAAGUGUUCCCACCAGCAGCAAACAUGGAAUAUAUGGUUUGGGAUGAAAAUCUUGCAAAAUCUGCAGAGGCUUGGGCUGCUACUUGCAUUUGGGACCAUGGCCCUUCUUACUUAUUGAGAUUUUUGGGACAAAAUCUGUCUGUACGAACUGGAAGAUAUCGCUCUAUUCUCCAAUUGGUCAAGCCAUGGUAUGAUGAAGUGAAAGAUUAUGCUUUUCCAUACCCCCAGGAUUGCAACCCCAGAUGUCCUAUGAGAUGUUUUGGUCCCAUGUGUACACAUUACACACAGAUGGUUUGGGCUACCUCUAAUCGAAUAGGAUGUGCAAUUCAAACCUGCCAAAAUAUGAAUGUUUGGGGAGCUGUAUGGAGACGUGCAGUUUACUUGGUAUGCAACUAUGCUCCAAAGGGCAAUUGGAUUGGAGAAGCACCAUAUAAAGUAGGGGUGCCAUGUUCUGCUUGCCCUCCAAGUUAUGGGGGAUCUUGCACUGAUAAUCUUUGUUUUCCAGGAGUGACAUCAAACUACCUAUACUGGUUUAAAUAAGCCUACUUUUUUCUCCAAGAAAAUAAUAUGGUUUCUGAAAAUAAUAGACAUAUACAUAUUGCAUAUAUUAUAUAUUUUAUUAUAUCCUUUUAUUAGCCGUUGUCUGAUACUUAUCUGAUUAUGUUUGUUUAAUCUUUUCAGUUGAUCAAAAUACCCAUUUUAUUCUCUAACUCUAAAUUAAAACACUAUAUAACUAGUACAGGUAUAAUUGAUGUAUCUAAUCCCAAAAAUUGGUUUCCGAUGGAACUGCUGUAUUUUCUUAAGGAGUGCUUUAUAUAUUUGACAUGUGCUGUAUGCAUAUGUAUUAUACAAGUAUGUAAUAAUAUAAGGUGGCAGGACAUCUUCGGCACCCAGUUCUUCAUGACUCACAAAAUAAUUGUCAGAUAAUACUCAGUGAUAUCUAGAUAUAGUAAUUACAGUAAAUAUGGAUUUAAUCUGGAGCUAAUAAUUCACCUUAUUUGGGUUCACAAAAAGAUAUGCACAAUUUAUAAAAAUUUCAGAUCAUGCUAUUUAUUCAAUCUCCUUUAUUGAAUCCAUAAUACGUUGAGUAUUUCCUGUGUCCAAGGUGCUGUGCUAGGUAGAUUAUGAUGAUGCAAAUAAAAUAUUAUUUGUGCCUUAAGAAGUUCUCAAAGUAAUCCAGAAAUAAUGAAACCUAAUGACAAACAUGUGAAGAUGUUAAGUAACUUUAUUUUCAUGUAGAUUUAUGGUUGGAAUAGGUGGCAGUCACAAUGUAUAUUAAGAAAAGAUUCUGAUUAGUAUGAUGCCCGAGAUGUAAUGUUUAGAAUAGAAACACAAAGAGAAAAAGUAGCAACUAUGUAGAGAUAACUAGAUUAAAGCAAAUAAUUUUGAUUCUGAAGGAUAAAAUGUAAGGUGCUAAGAAAAACAAUGGCAACCAUAAGAAGAAAGACUUAGGGGACAGGUAUAAAAAGUCACAGGAAAGUGCUUGGUUCAGCACACAUUACAGUGUGCAAAGAUCUGGCUGGGCUCAAUUGCCCGGUCUCCACCUGCAAGGGGGAAAGCUUCAUGAGCAGUCAAGUAGUGUUUCAUGUCUCUAUCUCUCUCUUCCACUCUCUCUUUUUGCUCUCUUUUCCUAUGUUUGUCUACUCCCUCUCAUUUUAUUUCUGUCUCUAUCCAAUAAAUAAAUAAUUUUAAAAGUCCAUGAAAUAGGCUUAUUGCACAAAAUAACAGGUACAUAGAUUCAGGUGGGUAUAUUCUAAAAGUCCAGUCUAUCUCUCAUCAGGAGGCAAAGCAUGCCAGAAAGAAAUAUGGAGUAUUCCCAGGUCAACUUCAUCUGUUCAUUGUUUUGUCAGUCAUUAUUUGAGGGGUAUCAAUAUAAUAAUCUAGUGUCCUUAUGUAUGGCACUAAAAAUCCUGCUUAUCGGUAGUAGGGUUUUUAAAAAAUAUUUAUUUAUCCUGGGGAGUUGGGCUGUAGCGCAGCGGGCUAAGCGCAGGUGGCACAAAGCACAAGGACCAGCAUAAGGAUCCCGGUUCGAACCCUGGCUCCCCACCUGCAGGGGAGUCGCUUCACAGGCGGUGAAGCAGGUCUGCAGGUGUCUAUCUUUCUCUCCUCCUCUCUGUCUUCCCCUCCUCUCUCCUUUUCUCUCUGUCCUAUCCAACAAUGACAACAAUAAUAACUACAACAAUAAAACAACAAGGGCAACAAAAGGGAAUAAAUAAAUAAAUAAAAUAUUUAAAAAAUAAAAAACAAAAUAUUUAUUUAUCCUUAGUUACUUAUUAUUGGACAGAGACAGAGAAAUAGGGAAAUAGAGAGAGAGAGACAGAGAGACUGAGAGACACCUGCAGCACUGCUUCACCACUCGUGAAGCUUUUCCCCUGCAGGUGGGGACCAGGGGCUUGAACUUGGGUCCUUGUGCACUGUAAUGUGUAUGCUUAAUGAGGUGCACCACCACCUGGUCCCCAGUAGUAGUUUUCUAAAACAGCCUUUUCACAAGACAUUCUAAGGGUCAAUUACUAAAUCUAACAUCUACAUUUGGGUAGAAGAAAAUUUUUCAAUUCUUCACCAAGAUGUCUGGUUAGGAAUUCAAGUCAAAGCCACUAUGAAAUUUCACUUACGUGAUUUUGAAAACGUAAUGUUUCCUCACUUGAAGGAAUCACUUUCAGAAACAAACAUUGGGCUAAGACAUUCAAAAGUGUGUGAGUGAGUGUGUAUCUGUAAGUGCAUAUGUGUGCAUGUGCGUACAAAUAAAAUUUGUGAUGUUUUUCACAAUAUUAAAGAACAAGUUUACAUAGUUCUAGAGGGCAAAUAAAAAGAGGUUACCUAUAUCACUUUCCCUGAAUAGUGGCUAGGUGGUGGCUUUACACAGCAUAGCACACACAUUCCCUAAUGUGUGAAGACCACAGUGAGGGCCCUAGUCCCCCCAUACAGGGAGAAAUCAUAACUCACAAGCAGUAGAGCUUUGCUGUCUGACUCUUAUUCCCUCUCCUUCUCUAUUUCACUCUGUCUCACUCUCUAUCAGAAAAGAAAGAAAAAGAAAAAUGGUCACUGGGAAUGGUGGAGUUGUGCAAGCUCCAAAUCCCACCAAUAGUCCUGGUGGGCAAAAAAAACCAAAAACCAAAAACAAACUGCUUAUACAUGUCCACUUUCUCCAGGUGGAUGCAUUGAAAGAUGGUAGAUGGUUUUAUUUGGAGUGUUGCUCUACACAACCACAAACAACUGAGUUGAUCCAUUUUAUAAACUGAAUAUAGUGACAAAAUGUUUUGAUAGCAUAUUACUCUGCUUUUGUGAUAUAUAUAUAUAUAUAUAUAUAUAUAUAUAUACAAUGUAUUAAAGUAAAAAGUAUCUUUGGAAAGUAAAAUGAAGAAAAGAACAGGAAUUAUAAGUUUCUAGCACUAGCCCAACUUUUACAUAAUCUAUCUAGACAAAUGAAGAGAAGGUUCAUUAGUAAGAUAGUCACUUGAUUUAUCAAGUAUGUUACUAUCCUCAAUUUUGUUAUUCUAGUUCUAUAGAAGCAGCAAAAGUUCUAUUAAGUCAAACACGACUAUUCUCAGUUCUACUUCCGCUGUUGGUUUCUUUUUGUGACUUAGUUUCUUGAUUUUGAAGAAAAAUAAUGAUACUGCUGCCUAUUUUAUAGAAGUUCUUAAAGGCAAAGAGUACUAUGUUAGUAGAAAUAUAUUGCAUUAAAAUUAUCACUAGAGUUGUAAUAGUUUUGAGAUACAUUAAUUUUUUUACAUUAUUUCUUUGCUAUGUCUAAUUCUAUGUGCUUGUCGCAGCUUUUAUUAUAGUUUAUGUAACAUAGCUUUUUAGAAUUAACUAAAAUGGAUAGAAUUACAUAGCUUAGAGGAAGCUUACCAUUUCAACCUUUAUUAGCAUAAAAUGUCUGAAAUAUAAAGUUUUGAAAGCAUUAAGAGAUUAGAUACACCAUUAAACUGAUUAGAUUGAGACUAGAGUCUACACACAUAAUUUACUAGUAUAUAUCAGUGUUUCCCAAAUUACAAAUAUAAGUACACGUUUAUUUAUAAGCUAACAACUCAGUUGAAUAUAUAACGGGUAUAUUUGUUAGUCUACCUUCGGUUUUUAAAGUUAGUCAUAUAACACUGUCAUUUGGUAUGUUCUAUCUUCUAGACUGUGGCAAACCAGUUUGCAAGUAUCAGCAUAGCAUGCCAUAUUAUCCACAGGAUGGUCCUGAGGCAGUUCCUUUUCACUAUAAUCCUCAAAGGCAGAAAGGGUUUGGAUAUAAGCUAUUUCCUAAAAGCAGCUUUAAACAGGAUUGAGGUGUUCACUUCAGAAGUAUCAGUAGUUGGCACCCAUAAUGUCUAUCAUUGAUCUUUUAUGGCAUACAUUUCUCUUAUCACCCUUUACAUAGAAAAAAAUAAAUAAGUAAAUAAAUCUAUUCAGUAUAGACUUUUUGACAUCCAUGUCAACAGAAGACUGGAAAACUUUUAAUUUCAGUCUUAAACAGAUAAAUAUAUUUUGAGAAUUUGAUCUGGCUGUUGCAGCCUAUCUUGAAUGUUCCUAGUUAUGGAAUGUAAGGUUGAUUUUUAAAUGUGGCAGAAAUGACUGUCAAUGUUAAUAUUUCUGCUUCUACUAAGUUGUGUAAGCAUCACUUUUACGGCCCAUCUAAGCUGCCCUGCCAACUUUAUUUGGCAAGGUUGCAAUGUUCACUUGAAACUUUCAUAGAAACAGUCAUUUAAAGCUCCAUGGAACUUUAGCAGAGGUGGGCAAACACUAAGGGAAGUGCAAUUUACUCAGAAUAUUUAAAUUGGAGUAACAUUCCUUUUUCUCAGUAAGAUCUGGUUGUGCUAAUCAAGUUGUACUAUCUACAUAAGCAAAUGUAAUAAACAAUCAGGGCAGUUCAAAACAUUGUCUUUAUACCCUGAUUAUUAAAUAAAAGAAUGUGCUAACCAGAUCAUCCCCAUGUGGCCAUGAAGUAAAAGAAGUGCUUAACCUCUGAUUUAUGUUCUUUCCCUGAAUAAUAACUAGUUUCCUCAUUUUUAUAGGAUUCAAAUUUGCCAUGGGUGGAAACUUUUAGCAAUCAAAGUUUCCAAAGUUGACAAAUUUAAAAAGUACGCUAGGGGGUUGGGCGGUGGCACAGUGGGUUAAGCGCAUGUGGCACAAAACGCAAGGACCGGCGUAAGGAUCUCGGUUAGAGCCCCCGGCUCCCCAACUGCAGGGGAGUCGCUUCACAGGCAGUGAAGCAGGUCUGCAGGUAUCUGUCUUUCUCUCCCCCUCUCUGUCUUCCCCUCCUCUCUCCACUUCUCUCUGACCUAUCCAACAAGGAACAACAUCAACAAUGGCAAUAAUGAUGGCUACAACAACAGGGCAACAAAAGGGGGAAAAAUGGCCUCCAGGAGCGGUGGACUCAUAGUGCAGGCACCGAGCCCAGCAAUAACCCUGGAGGGAAAAAAAAAAGUACGCUAUAUACUAGAUUUUUAGAGAGGUCAUCAAGAAGUUUGAGCAUCAAAGAUAAUAAAACUCCUCCUCAGAGAGCUGACUUCUCUGAUUUUAGAUGAUCUCAUGAAGGAAACUUAAGACAUAAUCAUUACAUAGGUCAUUUGCUCUGGUCUCUAUACAUCAUUCUUAUAAUGUAUACAUUUAUUGUAAUCUUUAUUGAAGGCAGCUUUUCUAGCUGAUUCUGACUACCAAAGUAAUAUUUUCAUUUCAAAAUUAUAAGGGAAAUUUUGAAGAUUUAUUCAUUUUGACGUGUAGAGGAUUUUAAUAUUAAUAUAUAUAUUCUCCUGGGGGGGGGGGACUUGGGCCAGGGAGAUAGCUAAUCAUAUUUUUGUUGAAGAGUUCAUUCUUUUUCUGAUGAAUUACUUUUUUCAAGGGGCUAGUGGUAGUGCAGCCAGUAGAGUGCACACAUUACUGAUGAAUUACCUUUUUAAAAUUUCUUUACUGGGGGAUUAGUGUUUUACAGUCAACAGUAAAUACAACAGUUUGCACAUGCAUAAAUUUCCCAGUUUUUCCACAUAACAAUACAACCCCCACUAGGUCCUCUGUCAUCCUUUUCCAGGACCUGUAUUCUACCCCAUCUGCCCCAAAGUCUUUUACUUUGGUGAAAUACACUAAUUCCAGUUCAGGUUCUACUUGUGUUUUCUUUUCUGGUCUUGUUUUUCAACUAAAUUUAUAUUUAAAUAUGAUUUUAUGAUAUAGAAAGUAUUUAGGAGAUUAAAAUUAGAUUUCUAGCAAUAUCUGGUAUUAUCUUUGUACAUAAAGUUAUUGUUAUUUGUGUAAGAAGACUAUAAAUACAUAUAAAUAAUUUUUAAAUGACUUCAUGAGGCUGGGGAAAUAGCAUAAUGAUCUACAGGAUAGACUUUCAUGCCUGAAGAACCAGAGGUCCUAGGUGCAAUCCCCACCACCAUAUAUCAGAGAUGAGAAAUUCUCUAAUUAAAAAAAUGAUAAUAAUAGUAAAUUAAUGUUUUUUAAAUGAUGCCAUUAUUUAACUUUGACUUAUGAAAAGUUAAUCAAAAACUCAGAAAUUCAGUUACAAAUGGUGCUAAAGACACAUCACAACUAUCGUAACCACUUUGCAACUUAGAGGUUUCAUUGUAGUUUAAGUGCACUCUUUAUAUUCUCUGGUGCUAAAUAAAUGGUGCUGACUGAAUUGCUAGUGAUAAUAAUUUUACUCUUUUUUUAUUCAGUGUAAGCAAUAUUGUCUAUUCAGUUCCUCACUCAGAUAUGCUAAUAAAACCCUCUUAAAUUAAUUUUAACAAACAUAUAGAAUCGUAAAAUCUAUUUUUAAUCUAAUAAUUCAAAAUUAUUUAGGUGCUACAGAAUGUAUCUGUUGGAUGUUAUUAAUGUUCUUUUCAAGGCAUUUUUUUAAACUUAACAUCCAAAAAUAUUUCAGUCACUGGCUCCAUCUGGUGGUUGUGAAAAUUAAUUUUUGCUGCUUACUUGAGAUAAAUGCCAUUAAAGUUUAAGUUAUGCAAUAUAGUGAUUUUCAGAUAUUCUCUAAAUCUGAUAGUAAUUAAAUUUUUGAGUCUAUUCACAACUUUUUCAAAAGGAGUAAAUAAAAUGAUAUAUCAGGGUACCACAUUACUAUAAAUGCUUUUUACAUGAUUUUCCAAUUUUUAUAUUCUGGUUUUCCUAUUUCAUUUUGAGGUGCUAAUUAAAGUGCUUUAAUUAGUUAUCACUAUUUUUAUCCAGUUUACAUAAGAAAUACAACUAGAAUUAAAAUAAGGACACAAAAUUAUAUGUAUCACUUUCAGGAGCUCUGGUUUUUAUCUAAUAUACUACAUGAGAUAAAAGGAGCUAUUUUAAAAUAAUUCCACAUAUAGGGAGUCAGGGAGCAGUGAAGUGGGUAAAAUGCAGGUGGCACCAAGUGCAAGGACUGGCGUAAGGUUCCCGGUUCAAGCCCCUGGCUCCCCACCUACAGGGGAGUCACAUCACAGGUGGUGAAGCAUGUCUGCAGGUGUCUUUCUCUCCCCCUCUCUGGCUUCCCCACCUCUCUCCAUUUCUCUCUGUCUUAUCUAACAAUGAUUACAACAAUAAUAACUACAAUAAUAAAACAACAAGGGCAACAAAAGGGAAUAAAUAAAAUUUAAAAAAAUAAUUCCAUGUAUAAAAUAUUAUUUUUCCAUAUUUAUUUGUCAGUCUACAAUUUGAUAAUGUUCUUUUGUAAUACUAAUGAGCUAUAACUUUUUAUUACAUGACUCAAAUCUUCCUAGUCUUAUAUCUCCCAUAAUAAUUAGAGAUGUUCAAUUUGCUGAUUGUUGCAAUAAAUUUAAGCAAAGAUGUUUCUUAAAUGUUAGCACAAAAUAAAAUGCAAUCUGAAGCAUUUUUCCAAUUAACAUUUAAAAUAUCUUUUUUUUACAUUUAAAAUAUCUUAAACCAACAGAACUUCUAUAAUCUUAACCCUAUAUAAGUACCACCAUAUGGUGCUCAUAAAAUGAAUAUGCUUAUUCCCCAAAUCUUCCUCAGUACCUAGAAACUUUCUUUUGAGAGUUAUAGAAUCUCCAACAAAUAGAAAAAUAUUGUGUUUAAGUAUUCAGCUUCCUAACUUUCUCUAAAGUAAUCAACUAGUUAGUUAAAGCAAAAAAAAUCAACUAGUUAGUUAUUGCAAUGGUUGUUCUUUUCAUGUCAAAGGUUGCUCUAAAUACCAACUUCAUUUUACCUGUGUUUGAAGCUUAUUUGAUGGAAACUUAAAUGUCGAACUUAACUCUUAACUGUUAUUUGAAUAUAGGUUACAACAUCCUGUACUUUGGUGACAAGCAUAAUAUUGGUACCUACCUGAGUAUCUGGGGGAUUACAGUCUAUUGUGAUACAUGUAUGAAAAUAACUUUCUAAAAUGCUUAAACAUUUUGAAUAUGUAGAUAAUCCUAAUGUGUACUGUAUUAUCUCAUAUUUCAAGAAAACUCUAUGAGGGUAAAUUUAUUCAUUGCCUAACACUGUUGGUAAUGAAAAGGUGCCUUCCCUGUUGUUUUGUUACAAUGUCAUUAAUGUGUAUGUCCACAAACCUGUGUAAACCUUUGUUGUUACAAAGCAUAGCAUGUGAAGCUUUUUGAGUUUUUUUUAUUUUUUCAAUAAAUAUUAUAAUAUUAUUAUAAU